GUGAAAUAGAACGUAGCAAUUCUAACCUAAAAAAUAAUCAUUGUUUUGUUUUGAUUGAAUUGAGAGGUUUUAUAAAGAAUCCUGUAAUCUUUAAUAAAUAAUUGAAGUUAAACAUGAGUAGCAGCGAAGAAUCAGAUAAUGAAUCUAUGGUUGACGAGCAGGACGAUGGAGAAAGGUCAGAAAUAAGAUCGCAGCUAUCGACUUUAUCAUUUGAAGAAUUACAAAAAUUAAAAGAGAAAAUAGGUGCCAAAGUAUAUAAAGAGGCUCUGUUUGGUAAGGCUGAUAAAAAGAAAGAGAGUGAUGGACCAAAAGUUUUCAAAAGAGAAAAUAAAAACAGACCUCGAGAAAUGAGCUCCAAGAAACCUGUUCGAAUGUUGCAGGCUAUACCGACAGUUAAGAAAAAGGAGAUCCGUGAUCCAAGAUUUGACCCUCUAUGUGGCGAAUUUGACAAGAAGCAGUUCUCCGAUAACUAUAAUUUCCUAUCAGACAUCCGUAUGAAAGACAUAAAGGCUAUUAGAGCUGAACUGAAGGAGACUACAGAUCCGGAGAGACAGAUUAAGUUACGGAGACUACUUCAACGAUUGAAUGAUCAACACAAGCAUACGAAGAAGAGUAAGAUUGAGAGAGAAGCGAUGGAGAAGAAUAAAGUACACAUUGAGCAGGAGUUCAAAGAGGGAAGGCAACCACACUUCAAGAAUAAAUCUGAACAACGCGUAGAAGCGCUAGUGAAACAGUAUGAAGAAUUGAAGAAGGAAGGUGCUGGACGUAUUCAGCGCCAUCUCAAACGAAGACAGCAGAAAGUCAAGAAACGCUCCCACAAAGCUCCCACUGGUGUCAGUUAGAAAUAAAUAUAUGAAUAGGUA